CCAUAUAUAUCGAUAGGCUCGUGCUGGGUUGUCGAUAAGGGAAAUGUUUUGGAGACCGGCUGCAGAGAAAAACGCGGAUUUCGUUAUAUUUCUCUGUUUUGUGUAUUAAAUCGCCAGAUGCGCAGCUUAAUAUUGUCCAACGCGAGUCAAACUAGCGAAUUGUGUGGAAAAUGAGGCCUCUCCUUGUUUUCAGCAAGUUCUAGAAUCGCAGUGGCGCUUGAAAACGCAACCACGUGAAAUCCAGCAACAACAAGUCUGUGCAACAUGAGUUUAGACGAGUUUUCCGACUUCAAUAUAGAUCAGCUUCUGGGCCCAAGCGCACCGCUGCAAGAUUCUCUGGUGGCACCGUACAAGCAAGUGUCGCUGCCCAGGAGGAACCAGGAUGUGUGCGCCAAGCGAAGCCGGCUGGCCGAGCGGAUAGCCCAGAACGACGAGCUGAUCCGCCAGGUGAAACAGCUGCAGGCUCAAAAUAAACAGCUGUCCGACCUGCAGCGCACCGCCCAAGAAGUCACGGAUCUGUACCAGAAGGAGAAGCAACAGAGGAUCGAGCUGGAGAAGCGAGGCAAGCAGAUCGGCGAGCGAUGCGGACAGCUGGAAAAGGAGCUGGACGCACAGGUUGGGAACUGCGAGAAUCUGCAGGAGCAGCUGCAGGUGCGGGGACUGCCCGUGGAUGCAAAGGAUGUGCUGUCCAUACUCAUGCAGUUCUCCCAGCGGCUGGGCGAUGAUUGUGGACUUUUGCGGCGGGAUCAGAACAUCAUGAAGAAGCUAAGGGAGCACUGCAGGACUAUAGACGUAAGCGUGCCCACGCCAAAGAGCCCGAAUCCGCGUAGCAAACGGAAAGCCCAUCAGCCCGGAGUCAACCAAUCCACGCAAACCGACGAGAAACCCUCUGACCCCAAGCCUGCGCUUUGUUCUGUUGCUGUGCAGGUGGAGGGUCUGAUAGAGACGCGCGACCAGGCCACGCAACACAAGAACACCACCACCACCCGGGGAACCACUACAGCCUCCUUCAUCAAGCACCACGAUGUUGGCACAUGCUUUCCCGAACCGAAGCCCCUGCCAAAUAUUCGGCAGAUACUUGAUGAAAUGCUAUCGUGGCGGGAUGAUGUUGUAAUUGAGCCCAUGAGUCCGCUGAGCGAUUUGCAGCAGGAGUUGGAGCUGGAGGACGUACCGGCCAAAGCCAGUGUGGCCACCUGCACCACUCUGUAUGAUAUACACCGCGAGAUCGAUUUCGUUGCCGACCUGUCGACACAAAUCAAGGUGUCCGCCUCGAGGCCGCCCUCACGAACAAUGCUGGAUAGUGUGAAGGAGGAGGCCAGGUCCUCCAGGGAGCUCGCAAAGGAGCUCUUCAACUUUCUACCUCAAAACCAAAGUUGCCUGACCAAUCUGCCGCCCCAGGCCUUCGAGGAGCUGUGGCAGGUCUUUGGCCAAAUGGUGCUAGCCCUGCUGCAGAGGCGCUCCAAUCCGUCAGUGGCCACGCCACCAAGCGUCAGCCAGGCGGAUUUUACCAAAUGGUUGUAUGAAAUCUAUGAGGGCACGGAGAACCAAACGGAUCAGACCUCCAGCGGAAGCACCAGCAAGAGAGAUUUCGCCACCAGCACAGAGUGCAUGGAUACUGGAACGGAUCCCAUCAUCCAGUCGCCCAACAUCAGCCAAGAAGGACAUGUCACUCCAAUUCGCCUGCCCUCCAAGCCCAAAGAACGAAAGCGAAAGUCCAAGAAGCGCAAAGCGGCUGCUACACCGAAGCCGAUAGCCAAGCGAAACUGUCUGGAGAUGGAGACAAACAAUGAAUUAGAAGUAGAGCACGAACAAACGCCAGAAACGGCAAUCCAAUUCUUAAGGAAUUUGGAAACUUUCAACAUGACCAACUGUGAUAAUCUCGAGAUGGAACUGGAUGAGGAAGAACUUUAUUUGCUUCAGUUGACGUCCAACGCAAAACAGAAAGAAAAUAAAGGAAAUGUUAAGGCUCAGGCUCCUGGCGACUCGGAAAACCCUGCGCAGACUUCUAAGUUCCCGAAAUCAGAAAACAAGGAUCUAAAUCAUUUGCCUGCGGUCCAGAAAAAGACAGAUUCUUCUUUGAAAAGAUAUGACGAGGAACAAUACUUCUUUUUGGACUAUUUUGAAGAGCAUAAUAAAACGAUAAAAGAAAACAUUGGCGGUCUGAAAGAAUUGCCUCCAAAAAUAGAUAUUUCAGCGAAUCCAGUUUCAGUGGCAGAGGAUAGAAUAGACUCCUUAAGUAAACCAAGCGAAAAUGAGGUGAAUGCUUCAGAAGACACCGAUUCACACUUGGAUAAUAGUGUCUCAAAUUUAGAUAGACGCUCAAUGUGCCUAUUCGGCAGUGAUUCAGAUGUGGAAUCCGAAUCCUGUGUAGAGCAGAUGGCUCUCGAGCUAAGUGAUUCGGAUGACACUUUUGAUAAUAGCGAAGAGGAUUGCCGAUCCGCGGAUGAGCACAGCAACACCAAAAACCUGAAAAAUAUUUUCUUGUUCGGCAGCGAAUCAGAAUCGGAUGAAAGCGAGGAGCGUGCGUUGGAAGCGGAUGAUCUUACUGGAGCGGAAGCAGAGCUGGAAGAGAAGGAAUCAGAACAGAAGUCAUUAGAAGUUGAAGCAGAUUUCGUAACCAUAACGCAGCCUUUGUCUGUUGAGAAACUGGAUCUAGAGAACGCGCAGCCCACAAGUACAAGUACGUGUCCCAGGCCAAAGGCAACGGAUGAAUCCGAGGACGAGCACGGUCUAGUUAUCGACGAAGAAAUCUUCAUUAGGCAGCCUGAGGAACCACCUUCACCACCAACUGUUCCGUUAGCCGCAAAACGAAGGAGAACGCAAAGUGAGCUGAAAACUUUGUCGCCCCCAGGCGAAGUUCGUUUGACUCGUCAGAGAGCGAAACAACUGCUCGACGAACAGGAAUCCGGGCCAGAAAAGGGUCUUUCGCUCGUAGAACAAAUAAGGAGACAGCUUAAACAAGCAAUUAAUAAAUCGGAACCUUUAAAAAAGGAUUCGAAGCAUGAUUUGAAACCAUUAGAGCAUGAAGAGCUGAAAGCAAGGCAUCCAGGUAAACAUCUUGAGCCUUUAAAGCUGUCCUGUUCAAUAAGCGAGGAGUCACCUGCUUCGCCUACAGCUUCCGAGCCAAUGGACGAGCUUGACCCUCCGCCCAUAGAAAUCCCUCUAGAGCAAGCUGCUUGCACCCGGGAAGAUGACCAACACAAGUCGAUCGUACAACAUGUUCUUAAGAUGGACACGGGUCUGGAUAAGCUUGGGGAGGCGAAUAGAAAAACUUUGGGCAAGUCCCAACCGCAAUUGUGUGCCUCAAUAGGCAAAUAUCUGCGGGAGAACAUGCAGCUGGAAUCCACGUGCAGUGACUUGGCCAUGGAGAUCUACAAGGUGACUAAGAGUGAGGCUGUAAUCGUGAAUGCUCUGAUUACAGUUAUCUGCAAGAUCGGCGUAGAUGACGGUCCAGUGGAACGCCUGCUGAAUGCCUUGAAGUAUUUGAACUUCGCGCAGAGAUUUUUGGCUGAACUGGAGGAGCGUCUGUUCCGCAACACCAAGGAGCGACCUGCCACUGAGCUGGCCCUCAACUACGUGCGGCUCUACUUGAAGGCAGCAGCUCUGCAGGCGACCAUGUCAGCAGGGUAUAAGAAUCCGGCGAGACUACUGUUGGCCAAAAUUCUGUAUCACUUCGACCGGGAUAUGCCGCCGCUGGUGAUGGAGGUGCUGCGUCAAUUUCCCACCGCGCUUCCCCACCGCGAACAGCGGGAGUACGACAAUUCGGAUGCCCUGAUCACGGUGAUCAAGCACCUGUUGAUGAACCGGCAGUACGACAUGCAGGAUCCCAACGGCGCCGAGCGACUGCUGCUGUCCAAGCUGCGCUUUGAAUACCACUUCCAUCCCUUUGAGCCCAGCAAACAGCAGGUGCUGGAGAACCUGGUGGGGAAGCUGAAGGCCGGCCGUGAGGAGGAGCUGGGCUACGCCUUUGCGCUCUUUUGCCGCCGCUCACCGCAUCUCAAGGUCGUGGAGAGCGUAGUGGGGGAACACCUAAUGCCGCUCGCCACCAGUUACUGUGAUCUCGCUGCUCAAAACGAGUCGUACGACGCCCGGCUUGGGCUUCUGCUUCACUGCAUCUCUUUGGUCCUGAAGCCACUGCCCCUGGAUACUGAUAUCUCCGCCUUCGUGGGGUUCCUGAAGCGCCUUCUCGUGGCAGUGCCACGAUCCGGAGUUCAACUGGCGGCCGUGCAGGCCAGCCUACGUCUGCAGAGAUUCGGAUUCAAGUACACUCUGGAUGCCCUGAAGGACUACAGGCCCAACUACGAGCUCGACCCGUUAACGCGGGCAAUGAUUCGAUGCUUUGCGAAACGGAGAAGGCACUUCCGUCACGUGGCGGCCACUGGGCGGCGUCCAGAGAUUUGAGAUUCCUUUUUAUGAAUUGUAACUAUUUAUUGAUGUAUGUAAUUAUAUUGAUUUUGAAUUAAACUAAAUGCCAACUGCGCUGCGGAUCUUUACAAAUUUAAA